AUAACCGACUGUUAGAGUACAUCGCAAGUCGAUUAUAAUCGACGUAUGCAUUUUCUCACAAAGUGAAUUCCCAGUUAUCUGAUCUGCACUUACUUAUCUAAAUUGUUGAAACACCUGUCACGAUGGAAAAAAAUACUGAAGAUGAAGCAGUUUCUACUCAAAAGAUGCUGUCGAGUGCUCAUGAUCCUGGAUGGAAUGAUCCUCCUAAGUGGGCGUUAUCUCCAACACAGAAUUCAUGCAGUACUCCAGUGAAAAGAACACUAAAUAAAAGAGUUGCAUUUCCUUUAAAUUCAGCUCCACCUAUAUCUAAUUAUGAUUGCAAUCAACCUUUACCUCCUCCCCCUGCAAAUAUGCCUCCUCCUCCUCAAUCGAUAACUUUAACAACAGCACCACAUCAAUCAUUAUUAGCUCCAUCUGAAAUACCUUCCACGAUCAAUAAUACCAAUGCAAAAUUAAAUAAAGAGGAAACAUUAUCAGAGACUCUAGCAAACUUUGAGAUUGUGAUCAAUGAGCACAAAGAAUUUGAAGAAAAAGCUGAAGAUUUUAGAAAGAGACUGGAUACUAUGACAGCUCUUUGGCUGGAAAAUGGACUAAAUGAAUGUAUCCAUGAAAAGGUUUUAGCUUUGUCAGAAGCAUUAAAGAAUAAAGAUCCCGAAACAGCAGAUAAGCUUCAUAUUUCACUGAUGAUGGAAUAUCCUACACUUUGCAGAGUUUGGAUACCAUGUAUUAGACAUAUCAUUCAAGAACUCAAAGGAAAAUAUGUACAAUCAACUGCCCAAGAAGAAGUUAAAUGUCAAUACUUUCAGCCAACGUUGACUAGUAAUAAUUCAGAGUGACCUUUAUUAGCAUAGAUUAAAAAUCAUAAGUACAAUGAAAGAUAGUGAUCAAAUCCUUUUCUUACGAUAUUGAGCCACACUCGUGGUAGGUCGAUUGGGCCAAAACGAUAAUAAAUAUUUUUUGUUUACUAAUGAA